CCCUUCUAUUUUUCUACCCUCUCUGUCCUAAAUAGUACUGAAAAUUACUACUAUCGCAUAUAAUUUAUCAUGGAUAGUAUGCACAUUAGGACGCAGGAUCAGUGGGCGGAGCUGCACUCACUCCAGCUCACGGUGACGUCAAGUGCAUUACCUUUUAUAUGAAGUAGUGUGUCAUUCUGGAAUACUGAUAUACUACAUACUUAUCUGUGCGCAGCGCAGUGCGUACUGUAGUGCGCGAGCGAUCUGUGCCAGUGUGCUGGGAGGAGGGGGAUGGGUCAUUGAGUUCAUUCGCACUACAGCAGAUCCGCUGUCUAUCUCUCGCUCACACGCUCACUUCAGGAAUAUGUGUCAGAUGGAUGGCGAGGCGAAAAACAUGAGCUUUUAAAACAUGGUGCAUACGGUACGUGCCUCCGCGCUACGCUUGACCUUUCAUCAGGACAAAGGAAGUCGAUGAGCCGCUCCUGCCGUUUCCAGGUCAGUCGAGGAGACUCGCCGGUGCUCGAUUAGCGGAAUAAUACCGAGCGAAGCGAUGAAGCGCCGUGAAUGAUUAUGGCCGAUAGUCACCGAAGGGGCACGGACGGAGGCAGAGGCAGGAUGACAUCAGGAUACUCGCAGCAGUACGCGAGCGGCAAAGCGUCAGACAUACAGGAGCUUGCGUCUAAGCGCGUGGACAUCCAGAAGAAGCGCUUCUACCUGGACGUGAAGCAGAGCACCCGUGGCCGCUUCCUGAAGAUCGCCGAGGUGUGGAUCGGUCGAGGCCGGCACGACAACAUCCGCAAGAGCAAGCUCACCCUCUCCAUGUCCAUGGCGCCCGAUCUGCGCUACUGCCUGGGGGACUUCAUUGAUUAUUACGCGCACAUCGGGCUCCGAGUGUGCCAGGCGCCGCAGGGGCAGAGCAACGGCCAGGGACGCGCACCGGAGCCCCGCCGGAGAGCAGCGGAUCCGGCGGCGUCCCCCAGCGGCUCGGCCGCGUCCGAGGAGCAGACGCAUCGCGUGCUGAAGAGCGAGUUCAUCGAGCGGGACAACAGGAAAUACUACCUGGACCUGAAGGAGAACCAGCGCGGACGGUUCCUGCGCAUCCGGCAGACCGUCAACCGCGGUCACGGGGGCAUGGGGUACUACGGCCAGGGCAUCGAGCAGACCAUCGUGCUGCCGGCGCAGGGCCUGAUCGAGUUCAGAGACGCGCUGUCGCAGUUAAUCGACGAAUACGGCGACGACGAGCCCUGCGCGCGGAACCACGACGCGUCGCCCGAGCUGCCCGAGGCUGCGUCGUUCCGCGUCGACAACAAGCGCUUUUACUUCGACGUGGGUUCGAACCGCUUCGGCGUUUUCCUGAAGAUCAGCGAGGUCCGGCAGCCCUACCGGAACACUAUCACCGUCCCGCUGAAAGCCUGGGCCCGCUUCGGCGAGAACUUCAUGCGGUACGAGGAGGAGAUGCGGCACAUCUUCACCUGUCAUAAAGAGAAGAGGACGGACGCGGAGGAGCAGGAGGAUUGACGCACGCUGCUGCUUCGGAUGAUGAUGAUGAUGAUGAUGCUUCUGGUGUUAGUUGUACCUCGAGCCUCCUGCUGUACUCACCUUACACUUUACCGUGCAGCCCGUCCCGUUCAUACACACCACUGUCGAUUUAAAUCUAGACAGUGUGUGUGUGUGUGUGUGUGUGUGCGCGUUUGUGUGUGUGUGUGUGUGUGUGUGUGAGCGCGUGCAUUAGGAUUCUGUUUUGUCUCCAAUGCUUCUUCACAGGCUUAACGUGUAUGGGGCUGCUGUGCAAUUUCUCAAAGCUGGGAAUCAGAUAAUCAAGGUCUUAUCAAGCACUUAGGUAACACUUUAUUUUGAUAUAGUCCACUUUAGACAUUCUACUAAGGCUGAUAAUACAUGGGGCAACUUGUUGAGCAAUAGUGCUGGCUUAAUCAUAUGGCAUCCAGAUGAGACAGGGCCUAUGAUUUAAAGUAUCCAGAGAGAAAUGUGUUACCCGUUCUCAAUGGGAAAGUAGCCAAGCAACUUUGCUCAAAGUUUCCCUGUCUAUCAUCAGCCUAACAGUAAAUAUCUUGGAAACUAAAUGUCAAUUAGUAGUCAUUAGAGUAUUAUUAGACUGUCUGCUUAAUAUCUUCUAAGGCUAAUAGACGGGACAACUUUUUUUUAGCAACAUUGCUUGGACACUUUUACCGUUGUGUUUUGAUGGGUGCACAACAUACUGAACUUUGCAAGUAUAUGUCAAAUUAUUCUAACCCUAACAAUCUACAGUCUAGACAUGUAGUUGCAAAUUAAUGAGAAUUAGUUGACAUGUAGUUGCAGAGUUAGUUUUAUUUAGUAGAAUGUCUAAAGUGGACUAUCAAAUAAAGUGUAACCAGCACUUAUAUUAUAUCAGAGAUGCACUGCACAUGAGUGCAGAGUAUUUUGAUGGUCCAAAGUGAAGCUUUUCUCUCUUUUUUUCAUUUCAAUGUUCAAGGGAACUGCAACAUUUUUGCCAUUGCACAAAUACAAUGUACCCCAUUUGAAAUUAGAAACCAAAAACUGUAUUAAUAUUUACAUUAUUUGGAUGAAUUAUUUAAAUAUGAAAAUGCCUAAACUGAUGAUGCUGCUGGAUCUAUAAGGCUGAUGAUAUACGGGUCCAUCUUUUGAGUAAUUUUACUAGGCAACUUUUUUUGAGCAGUGUUGCUUGGACACUUUCCCAUUGAGAAUGGGUAAUAAAUGUAUAUUUGGAUAUUUAAGACUGGUUAGACCUGGUUGCACCCGUGAUGCCAACAUAAUCCAAAUUUGCCUGGUAACAUUGCUCAGAAGUUGCCCAGUGUAUCAUCAGACUAAAGCAUCAAAUAUAUGAUAAUGUGUGCCCAUGUUUUAGCACAAAUGAACAGACACUGUUCUAAGAUUAGCUUUAUUUUUUUUUUCAUUUUAAGUUUUAAAAGUGGCUUUAAUAUUAGGAUUUAGUGAUCUAAAUAUCUCUGACAAGACAAAUGCUAAAUCACUCUUGAUAGGUGUGCAAUAUUACAUUUUCCCCUGUCCGUGGGUUUAAACGAGAACUGUGCAAAAGCAGAGCAAACAGAUAGGCUCGUUUAAAGAGAACAGAAUUUAGUUUAGCUUGGCUUGCAGGGUGAUGUCGUCUUGCGUGAAAUGUUGAAAAGAAUUGUCACACUGGAUUUACACAGACCUAAAAUGUCUAAAUGCAUUUGACAUUAUUCCUAUCAAAACAAUAGCUGUUUUAAACUACGUAUGAUCAUACACACAUUCUGCUAUAUAACUAAGAUGUAAUCAUUCGUUUUUAAAUAAUGUGUGAGAAAAUGUGAGAAAGCUAACAAGCCAUUUGCAGCAUCCCCAGGUGUCCUUCACACCCAGUUCAUUGGAUUGUGGUAAAUGGUUUAUGGCAUACAGUUUUAAAAUCUACACUGAAAUUGGGCGUGCUAUGCACAGUAUGCAUUUUGCAUACUGAGUUUCAUUCAAAUAAAAUAUAAGCAGUAGUGUACUACUAUGUAAACACCGCAUGUGUUGACUAGUUGCAUUUGUUAAAACUUUUUUUUCCUGGGGUUGUAGCAUUUAGAGGCAUUGACAUACAUGCAUCUAAGGAGUUGUUUUCUUGUUAAAGCACAACUAAUGAGUAUUUAGGCCUGACUUGAGUUAGCUUGUGUUUAUUUGUACUGUAAUUAUUGUCCAGCUGACGGGAAAAGCAAUUCGUUUCAGCACUUCUCCGUGUGUGAGAGAGUAUUUAUGUUUUAGAAGAAUAUAACUGAAUUAUGGGUACAUUCUGUGGGUUAGUGUUAAGAUGCUGAUCUAUAACAGACACCUCCUACAGGAAGCACUUUAUUCAAACAGCACUUUGAGCUGCUUCAUCUGCAUCACCACUGCAAAGAGAGCCCCAUGCCGUGCUCCCAAACCAACACCUCAGCCUUUCAGAAGUGCAUUCAUGUGUUUUCUCUCUGCACUUCUUGGUUCUUUUCGAUCAGAUUUGGUUGCAAUAUGUCAUGUCAUCUGUGAUUGUAUUGUCUGCACACAGAUUUCUUACAAUAAGGGCUGCUAGAGGAUGCAGUAUGUACUAACGUUGGGUCAUAAUGCCUAGUAUGCAGAUUUCCCAUAUUUAUAAAGUAGGACGUUUGAAAAAGGUAGAAUCCUUUUUUUCUACCGGGGCAUGAGAAUAUUUAGGGAGUUACCUUUAAAUGGCAGAAUCUGGUUGUCCUCUUUUACCUAUAAAGCAGUAAGCGUGUAAAGCUGGAGCAAAAUUAAUGAACCAUGUGCACUUUAAAAUUCUGAGUACAGGUUUGUUUCCAACAGAAAUGAGUAGAAGUAUGCUUGUUAUAUGUGUAUGUGCAAUGCAUGACCAGAAGAGAGCAGUGUUCGUAUGAUGUUUUUCUCGCUUUGUGUAUAGGUGGUAUACAAAUAUUGCUAGUGUACACAAUUUAUCGCCCUGAUGAAACAGCAUAUUUAAUUCUAAAGGAAUUAUUUGGGAAGAUGGAUGUCUAUUUUCCUGUAGUGUUAGAGGAAACAGCUAUGUCAAUUUAUAAGGCCAUCUCAAAAUGCAAUUAUAUUGCAGGUAUAUCAGAGUUACUCUAAACACUUGAAUUCAUGAAAUUGGACUGUUAUGCAUAACUGAAGUCACAGAUUUCAACCCAUAGGCCUUAAAAUCAUUACACUGUGGUUGUAAUGAUUGACUUUAGGGUUAUGAAUUGUCGUUCCAACGUAGUUUGCCUUCAUCUCUAAAAUGUAACAUUUUGUACGCAUGAUGUAAAAAAAAAAAAAGAACCGGGAAAAAGGUGUUUUGAAUGCGACAAAGAAUAAAAUGAAUAAUAACAAAGCAAAAUAUAAAAAUAUUUCCGUUCAUAAAUCUAAAUAUAACAGCAGAGAUGCAUACACUUCUGUAUAUGUUCUUGAUAGUGGUGUGGGUAAUGUGAUGUUCUCAAAAUAGAAAAAAGAAAGGUUGUUUACAAACUUUCUUGAGUUGUCCCUUUUUAUCUUUGUGUUGACCAUCUGCAGUUGGAUUUAAGACGUGUCAGUGUUUGUUAAAUGAUUUUAAAAGAUGGCAAAUUUAAAACAAUGUUUUGGUGUAUUAGAUAAUGUAAUGUAGUGUGUCCUCCUGUAGAGCCUUUGCAUAUUAUACGAAUCAAAAACAAGAAAGAAAUGGUUCUGUCUAGUAGCACUUUCUGUUCAUGUGAGUACUGUAUUAGUUUCUGUUUAACAUGUAUGGUACAGUAUGAAUAUUCCUGGUUUGCCUUGUAAUGUUUUUAAAAGGUUGAAAUAUGUAGGAUACAUAUCUGAUGACAUAUGAAGUUUUAAACUUGA